AUGGUAAACUCUGACGAGCUGUUGGCAGAAUGGCCUAUCAAGGACAUCAUAUACGUGGCAAUUAUAGGGCCUGUCAUGCUUGCGGCCUUCCUAGAAUGGUUUCUAUGGCUUGCGGCCUUCUUAUACUGCCUGUACAAAGUCUUCGUGAAAGCAGAACAUAUCAGUGUGAAAUUCCUCGCAAUAAUCAUGAUGAUAGCUUUCACUGCGCUCAGAGGCAUUUUCCUUCCAGUCAUGGUCGUCACACUCCCGCUACCGCCUGUGAUAACUCAGUACUUUCCUCAUGAACUGGUGUCAUUUCUACAGUGGUUUGCCUUUUGGACUUUCGCAGUCCUGCUCAUCGUUCCGUGGCUGUUCUGUGUCUAUAGACUUGUUACGAAUUCUCUAGGUAGAACCAAACGCAUCAAGGAGGUCCUCGAUGAUAAGACUGCACCCAAAACUGUCGUUGUUAUGCCAGUGUACAAAGAGGAGCCUGAAGUUCUACUCAAAGCUGUGAAUUCCGUCGUCGACUGUGACUACCCUCCUCAAUGCAUCCAUGUGUUCCUCUCAUAUGAUGGUGACGAAGUGGAUGAAUCGUACCUCGCUGUUGCAGGCUUUCUUGGAAUCCCAUCUGGACUUAAGAAAUACCCAACCAGUAUAGACGUUUCAUACAAAGGUGCCAGGGUCACGCUAUCCCGAUUCAAGCAUGGAGGGAAGCGUCAUUGUCAGAAACAAACAUUUCGACUGAUCGACAAAGUCUACGCCAAAUAUCUGUUGCAAAACGACAAUCUAUUCGUCCUAUUUAUUGACUCGGACUGUAUCCUCGACCGUGUGUGUCUGCAGAAUUUUAUGUAUGACAUGGAACUCAAGCCUGGGAGCAAACACAAUAUGCUGGCAAUGACCGGUGUGAUUACAUCAACAACGAAAAAGACCACCCUGAUCACACUAUUGCAAGACAUGGAAUAUAUUCAUGGACAACUGUUUGAACGAUCUGUGGAGUCUGGAUGCGGUGCCGUUACGUGCCUCCCUGGAGCUCUCACGAUGCUUCGUUUCUCCGCAUUCCGGAAGAUGGCAAAGUACUACUUUGCAGAUAAAGCCGAGCAGUGUGCCGAUCUAUUUGACUUUGGAAAAUGCCAUUUGGGAGAGGACCGAUGGCUCACGCAUCUAUUUAUGAUCGGGGCUAGAAAGAGAUACCAGAUUCAGAUGUGUACCAGCGCAUUUUGCAAAACGGAAGCGGUUCAAUCUUUCAGGAGUUUGUUGAAGCAGCGAAGGCGUUGGUUCUUAGGCUUUAUUACCAACGAAGUUUGCAUGCUUACGGAUGCGAGGCUAUGGUAUCGAUAUCCACUGCUAUGUAUUGUCCGAUUCAUGCAGAACACGAUCCGAACCACGGCUUUACUCUUCUUUAUAAUGGUGAUCUCGGUAAUUACCACAUCUAAUAAGAUUCAAAAUCUUCCUGUUGGGUUCAUUGCGGUAUCUCUUGGAUUGAAUUACUUGCUCAUGCUUUACUUUGGAUUGAAGCUUCGCCGUUUCAAGGCUUGGUUAUACCCAAUCAUGUUCCUUUUAAACCCAUUUUUCAACUGGCUCUACAUGGUUAACGGUAUAUUCACAGCUGGGCAACGAACAUGGGGUGGCCCACGAGCAGACGCAGCGGCUGUUGACGACAACACAUCGCCAACUCAAGCAGCUGACAAAGCUGAGGCUGCUGGAGAUGAGCUUAACGUAGACCUAGAUACGUUCCCCCCUACGGCUGAAGGCAAAGAUCCAGUUCCAGUCCAGCCCCCUGAGGGUGCUGAAGGUCGAUUCACUGCCCCUAUACUGGGUCCAAAUGGAUGUUACCAGAAUACCAAUGCAUCGGGGCUCACCCUCCCUACACAUUUCACCAACGGUGCUGGCCUGGAGUCCCGGCUUUCUUUGGACUCUACCUUUACUACAGGCUCGAGGGCGACGUCUAUAGGCUGGCCAUGUGGCGUUGAGUAUCUUAUUGACCAGAAUCAGGAUAGCGUUUUCAUGGGUGCCGAAGAUCAUAAGAAGAUAGAGAUAGCCCGACGGAGCGCAGCUCUCGGCAACCGUGAGUUCUCCAUGAGCGAUUCGGAGCUGGGCCACUUCCCCAGCCGGCCAGUUUCACCUGCCCGUAGCUCCCCAUCGAGUCUAAGGAGACAAUCCUACGAAUUCCCUACCACAGACGGCCCACUGGGAAACGCACCAUUUGCCAGCCCUGAACGCCCCUGCCGAGCCCGUACAGCAAGAAGUUCACGCACCAGACGAUGCUCGGACGGCCCUGUCCUCGAAACACGCAGCCGUGACUCUUCCAGCCUUGUCCGCGAGAGCCUAGCACUGGAGACUGACGAUGAAGGGACGUCAGAGGAGAAAAGGGGCCGGCAACGAAAGCGCCUAAGCAAGCCUCCGCCAGGCGGCAUCACGAAGAAAUGA